CGAUGUCUGAGGACUUCUGUAUUCCAUAAGAUCUGUUGGUGCUACCACGUAUUUUAUGCUUUUACCAUAAUCAGCAAGAGAAAAUCCAUUGACGCUCUCAAUGUCAGACAGCGUAUUAGAGAUUCAACGGUAUGCACAUGAAGAAUUAGAACGGUUGAGUCAAGCGAUCGUAGAUCGUCAAGUUGCGAAUCCUAAAGCAAUUCGAGAACGGUUGAGGUUAGAGCACCAGAGCUCGCACUAUAUAAAACAAACACGCGAUACUAGUGAAAGACUAUUGAAAAUCUACGAAACCGGAAAUGAGUUGCGUCAAAAGGAAAUAGCUCGCAUAUCUCGCGAUGAAGGUCUAGACGGUUUUUAUAAAGAGUUGGAUGAGAUUCGUGACUUUCAUCAUCGAUAUCCUGAUCACGGAGUAGAAAACUUUGAACAAAUGUAUGCGAUCAAACCGUCGGAAAGUGGCACCGACGAGAUUGACACCUUGUUCCGUGGGGAGGAAAUGUAUGGACGAUUUAUGGACUUGAAUGAGUUAUACGACGAAUUUGUUAAUUUGAAAGGAAUUCAGCCAAUUUCUUACUUGGAAUAUCUUUCCAAGCUAGACGAUUUUAACUUAGUCCCUAAAUCCGAAAAAAAUCAUUCCUAUGUAUCGUAUUUACGCCACCUUUAUGAAUACCUUUUUUCAUUUUUUCAAAGAACACAUCCUCUUAAAGAUAUUCAUCGAAUAGUCUCGGUCUUUCAAACUGAGUUCGAUGUUUCACGGGAAGCUGGACUUCCUGGUCAGGCCGUAGGACUUGAACAAAGUAACGGUUCUUCUUCUGGUGAGUAUUGUGAAGCAUGUGAGAAGUAUUAUCAGAAAAAGUCUGUUUACGAUGCUCACCUCACAUCAAAAAAGCAUAAAAAAGCAGCAGAACGUUUAGAUGUUAGAAAGUCACAAAAUUUAGGUGAAUCUUCUAUUAUGACUUCAGGAUCAAUUUCUGGGCGUCCACAAGAGAUUGCCGCUUUGGAGUUUAUUAUCAAAAAGUUACUUGAUAUUUUAAAUGAAGAACGUCAAGCUACUCGGGAGAAUGUUGUACGUCGUCAAACAUUGACAGCAUCAGAGCGACUUGCAGAGAUUUUAGCAGCGGAACGUGAAGCUGUUGAGGCUUCCGCCGUUGAAAACGAAUCUAAACAAAAAGAAGAUGAAAAUAGUGACGACGAAGAGGGUGAAGGAAAGAUUUACAAUCCACUCAAGUUACCCAUUGGUUGGGAUGGAAAGCCAAUUCCUUUUUGGUUGUGGAAAUUGCAUGGACUUGGAAAAGAAUUCCCUUGCGAGAUUUGUGGUAAUUAUGUUUAUAUGGGUCGUAAAGCUUUUGAUAAGCACUUUACAGAACAGCGACAUAUAUAUGGCCUUAAGUGCUUAGGGAUAUCUCCUUCUCCCCUAUUUAAUCAGAUUGUCUCAAUCGAUGAAGCUUUACAACUCUGGCAGAAAAUCAAGGCAGACAGUCGUAAACAGGAGACGUCCGUUGCUAAUUUGAACGAAAUGGAAGAUGACGAAGGUAAUGUCAUGUCCGAAAAGGUCUAUAACGAUUUGAAAGCUCAAGGGUUGUUGUAGAUUCCGAAACCCUGGCUGUUCCUUAUUGCCUGUCUAUUGUAUUGGUCUAUUAAUGUAUUCUAAUAUUUGUAUUUUAUACUUUUGAUAUUCGUGGAUUCACAUAAAAUUUCAGUCGUCCAUCAAUGAUCCUUUUGGAUAAUGCCUAGUAAAGUCAAAACAUUGGAUGUUAGGAAUUCAAAUUUAUUUGACUAAAUAGAUGUUUCAAUUCUUGAUACUUUGGUUUCAUAGCAUGUACAAUUCCAUCCUUUCAUCUGAUUGUUCUCUUUUAAUUACCAUUUAUAUAAUAAAACUUCUCAAAAAAAC